CGUUUGUUGGCACUCGGCAAAAGAAAACCGAAACUGGCUCAAUGACAUGUAAACUUAAACGAUGGAAGAAGCAACAGAUAUUAUUUUUCAGUCUGAAUAUAACGUUACUUGACGCUGAGUGUGUGAGUGGUGCUGUUAUAGUUAAAGGGUGAACAUGUCGCGUGUUACAGCUGAUCUUCAGUAUAAAACGCUUGUCGAGUGCAAUUACUGUCACCCCAACGAGGUGCUUGAUGAUAUUAAAGCCGUAUCCACAGAUUUUCCAGACCUUCAGCUUUACGUGGACUAUUAUUACUUCCCCAACAAUGAUAAGAAGAAAUUGGUUAAUUUGGGCGGCACUGUACCUGUAAAAUAUGAAGGCAACAAGUAUAACAUUCCAGUUUGCAUCUGGAUCCACGAGACCCAUCCCAAAAACCCACCCAGGUGCAACGUCUGCCCCUCACCCUCUAUGGUGAUCAAUGCUAAAAGCAGCAAUGUGGAUGCAUACGGACGCAUUCUUCUCGACUGUCUCAGCAACUGGAAGAUUGGGUGGUCAAAUUUGUCAAUAGUUCUGGAGGAGAUGAUUUCUGCCUUUCAGCGUGAAACUCCCCUUUUUGCCACCUAUCCGGUCAGAACCCCGUCCUUACCUUCCCAAACAAAGCUUUUGCCUGAAGAACGGGUAGUUCAGCCAAGUCCUUUUUCAUCCUAUGGCAGCUGGCCGCAUGCAGGUAGCAGUUCCAUGCAGAAGUCAUCAGCCGCUCAACAUGGAGUGACUCAGCAUGCCAGCAAUACAAUAUCCAAGAGUAAAAUGUCCCAGAGCAGUCUGUCACUGGCCACUGGCACUGAGAUGAGUGGGGUAAGGAGAUCAUACACACAAGAGUUGCUGGAUUUCGGGAUCACAUUUGAAGCACAAGAUUUGGAGACUAACCACCAAACAAACCCAUUUAUCUCUCCUGCCUCAGGUUCAGCCAGAAGUUCUUCUGAUUUAAACAACAUAGAUGACAUGUUCAAAAGCCUUCAAUUACAAGGAGUAGUCAAUAUGUACCAGUUGGACAACAGAGACAAAGAUAUUCUCCAUGCUGGGGGACAGUGGCUGGAUGGUGGUGGCAGCCCUGUGGUUCGCCCAGCCUUGGUGGAUAACAGUCACAAGGUGGUGGUGAACAGACUUCCUGUGGGGGUCUCUCACAGCAAGAUGAAGAACAAGCUCACCAUCUACUUCCAGAGAAAGCACAAUGCAGGAGGAGAAGUUCUGGAUGUCAAAUAUCCUGCAGCCCAGCCAGACCAGGCUUGGGUCCUCUUCAGAGACUACAGAGAUGCAGAGCAGGUUCUGAAACAGCCUGACAGGGUGAUUACAAUGAAUGAGCAGCGAUUUCUUAUUCAGCUGAAGAAAUUUGAGGACAUGGAGAUUCCAGGUGGUGUGCAAGGUGAAAAGGCGGAAAUGUUCAAGCGCAUCUUGAGUUUGGAGGGGUGCAGUUUCAGCCCCACAGAUGUACUGGAAGCAGUGCAGUCUUGCCGGAACCUUGACUCUGCUCUGAAAUACCUCUCCCAUGACUGCCCCAUAUGCCAGGAGCAAGUGUCCUUCAACAGGAUGAUCACCAUGACCCACUGCUCUUGCUCAUUCUGUGAGAGCUGUUUUAAGAAAUACUUUUCCUCUGUCAUCAAGGAGAAGAGUAUAGUACAUGCAGUGUGUCCUCUCUGUAAUCUUCCUGAUGUGCGAGGAGGCCGUAGGGAGGAGUCUAUGGAAUACUUUAGUCUGCUUGACACUCAGAUCCGGUAUUAUUUGGACCCUCAGAUCCAUGAGCUCUUUCAAAGGAAGCUCAGAGACCAGGCACUGCAGGAAAUGCCCAACUUCCGCUGGUGUGCACAUUGUUCCUUUGGGCUCCUUCAUGAAGCAGACAGGCUGAGGAUGGACUGCCCCAGCUGUGAGAAAAGCACAUGCUUUCAGUGCAAAAAGCCUUGGGCUCCACAGCAUGAAGGGAUCUCCUGUGAGAAGUUCAAAGAGUGGGAGCAACUCAACAGCCCUGAGUACCAAAACCCAAGACUGGAGCAGCUCCUCAGCAGGAACAAAAUAGACUGUCCAAAAUGCAAAUUCCGCUUCUUCCUGGCUAGAGGAGGUUGUUUGCAUUUUAAAUGCACUCAGUGCCAGCAUGAAUUCUGCGGAGGCUGCAGUCAGCCAUUUAAACAGGGCUCUACCUGUAAUUUUUCGGUUGAGUGUGGAGCUAAGGGGUUACAUGCUCAUCACCCCAGAGACUGCCUAUAUCAUUUGCGAGAUUGGAGUGUCCCAAGACUACGGAACCUGCUGCAGUACUAUGGAGUAUCACAUCCUUUAAUGUUCAGCCCCAAAGUUACGAUAGGGGGACACUUAAAAGGCAUUUGUGGUGUAAUGGAGUUCCAAGAAACAGGAGCUGUUAAAGAGGAGCCAUGUGGUCGGCUAGCUUUCCCUGAAUACAGUGGUUACUGCAUGUUACAUUAUAAAGAGUGUCUGGUGGAGCUAAUAAACAAGAAUGGACUGGACCCUGUGGCAUUGUUAGACAGUGCAGAGUUGAGGGCAGAACUUGACCGCUGGAAAGUGCCAGUCCCAGAGAAACAACCUUUAGAGGCAGAUCUGCGGUACGAGGACAGACUUCGGCAGAUUUUAAAAGAGAGGGUGGUUUUGACCAGCGGUGCAGCCCCUGGAUUGAAGCUAGCUGCUCCUCCCACACCCUCCCCAUCUUCUCCUCCUGCGGCUGGAGCUCCAUGGUACUCAGUCUUGAUUCGAGCCGUGCCUGAGGACUCUCAGCAACUACUGCUGCUGAGUGAUUGAAGAGCACAUCAGAGCACAGCCCUGGACACAUAGGCAACUUUUCAUGUCAAGUCUAUUCACACUGAUUAACAUUGGCAAAGCUCCAUCUACCCAACUUGUUUGUGUGUGUGUGUGUGUGUGUGUGUGAUUGUUUUUAAUCCAUGUCAGAGGAAAAAAUGCUUAACAAUGGGCAGAGCAACCAGAAAUAAUGCAGGAUUUAUAUCUGUUUUUAACAAUAAGAGCAAGACUAGAGGUUCUAAAGCACUUAAAAUGCAUGUAUCCUUCUGAAGUCACAUUUCAUAACCUUACUUGCUGAAAGGCUUGUGGCUUUCAAAACCAUUUAAAUACACUAAUUGUUGGCAUUGAGGGUCAACUAAUACAAUAUCUAUGUUGUAACUGUUGUUAGGUUUUGUAUUAUUUUAUAUUAAAUAAUCUACAUACUAUAUAUGCAUUUUAAUGAGCACAAGUUUGCACUUUUGGCCAUUGUGAAUGUGAAAUGGUAUCAGCAUGACCUGUAAGAGGUGUGAGAGGUUAUGUUGCAGAUGAUUAUUGUAUGAAUUAAUGUGAAUAUUAAACACAUUUUUAACAGUC